AAAAUAAUUAUAAAUUUUUUAUUUUAAUCAGUUAUUUAAAUAUCGAUAUUACUUAAUUACUAAGAAAAAAUGUCUAACAUAAUAGCGUAUACAAUAUUUUAUAUUUUAUUUGUUGCGGGAAUUGUUUAUCCUCCACAAGAAUUUGUAUCAGUAGGACUCACAAUUUCAGAAGUAUUUUCAUCGUGGUUGGGUAAUGAAUCUACAGCAUUUGUGCAAUAUCAUAUAAAAAGAAGUAUAAUUACUUUUCUUAUACAUUCGUUGCUCCCUUUUGUUUAUAUCAUCGGAUUAACACUGCUGGGUUACAUUGAUACUGUGCAAUUAUUAAUUGGUACGGAGCAUUCAUUGUGGUUGACUUUAUCUCUUUGUGCAUUAGUAGGACCACUUUAUACCCUGGCGAGAAUCAUUAAUUGGUCAAGGAACGAUUGGUCGCAGCAUCCAAUAGCGAAAAAAUUAGCUAUUUAUUGUGAUAAUGAUAAUAAAUCAUGGAUUGAUGUAGCUUCUAAUGUUAAUAUAGAAUUUCAAAGUUUGACAAAGUUACAAAUAGCCACAAAUACAGUGACAAAAGUUGUUGUAACGGAUAAUUGGAUCAUACAAGUGUCAUCCUAUAAUUUGGACAUAGCCAAUCAAACGAGUACUAAGCUAGUAUGCUUUAAAGUUAAUACGUACACUAAUCCAUCAUCUACAAUUGAAGAUAUUGGAUCAACUUAUGUUAAAUAUCGCGUUUGUACAACGCAACCAGGAGGAAAAAAUUUUACCUUAAGACUAAAUUAUAACGAUGUUGAAAACUUUACGGGAAAAGUUACGAUGGAAAUUGUUACAAUGCCUAAAUGUGAAUUUCCUAAAAGAUUGAGAGAGUUAUGCAUUGAUUGGAUUAAAGAAGAAAUUACUAAAAAUCCUAUUUAUUUUACUAAUGAAGAAUUGGAGAAAUGUGCUGUUUGUAUUAAUGCAACAUCAGAUAUUAAAUUAGUAAAACGUUGUCCGGAUAUUCCAGCUGUAGACAAUAAUCCAGCAUGUAGACCAUGCAAUUGUCCUCCAAGAUUAUGCAUCGAUUGUUUAGUAAAAUGGUUCAUAACAACAUCAAUUGAUUUAACAAAACCAAUUGAAAAUUUAGUGCAAAUAAAAAGCAGUUGUCCUCACUGCCGUUCUACUUUUUGUCUUACCGAUGUAAGUUACGUCGCUUAUGAUCCAUACUAUAAUACCAGUGGAAGUUCUUCAACAGAUAAUAAAAGUUGAUAAGUAUUCAUUCAAACAAACUCUUUGUGAUUUAUAUUUUUAAUAACUAUUAUAUUUAAAAAUAAAACUAAUAAUUUUUCAA